AGAGAGAGAGAGAGAGAGAGAGAGAGAGAGAUCAGAACCAUGGAAGAAAAGUCUCAAUCUAGUAACUGGUGGAACACUUCAAGGACCAGUAGCUUCAACUGUAAUACGCCAACGGCAUCAUCUUCACUAUCCUCCUCCGCAAAAACAGUAGCCUCUGUUACAGCAACGUCAUUCAUGGACUCUAGCCUACACUUCUCAAGCUUCAGCCUCUCCUCUUCUUCCCCAAUGGAUUGGAGCCAAUCUCUACUUAGUAAUAGCAGUGGAAGAGCUGAGAGCUGUACUUUUCAUUCUAUGCUUGAAGAAACGGCGACUGAUACAGAAGAACCGUCGGGAAUUACUUUCAGAGACAUGAACGACCCGUUGCUUCUCGAGACAGGAAACUGUAGCAGAGUCACAAGAACCUUCCUUCUCACUUCUUCUUCUUCUUCGUUCUUUGACAGCCAGCAGAUGACCAAUUACCAGUCUCAAAUGAUUCAAAAGCAAUCUGAUAUCAACCAGCUUCAGUUCACACGCAAUUCAAAUUUUUGGAAUGCUUCUGAUCAUGCCGCAAUGAAUGAAAUGAGGACUGGUUUUUGUUCUUCUAGUGAUGAUGUAAUAUUGAAGCCUUUUGAUCUGAAACCCGCAGGUUGCAGUGAUCAAACUGUUAUGAACACAGAAGCAGCUAAAGAAAAGAAGACGAGAUAUGAAUAUACGAUGAAAAAGCCUCGAAUGGAGGAGACGCCUUCGCCAUUGCCUGCUUUUAAAGUAAGGAAAGAGAAAUUAGGGGACAGAAUCACUGCUCUUCAGCAGUUGGUUUCACCUUUUGGAAAGACUGAUACGGCCUCGGUGCUCCAUGAGGCAAACGAGUAUAUCAAGUUUCUUUAUGAUCAAGUUAAUGUCUUAAGCACUCCAUAUUUGAAGAAUGGGAAGCUCAAGCAACAACGUCAGAAGAGAUCAGACAACUCAAAUGAUGAAGAGCAAGACCUGAAAAGCCGAGGACUGUGUCUGGUUCCAAUUGCGAGUGCCUACUCUGUCGCCAGUGAGAUUAGUUCCGAUUUCUGGACUCCAACUUUUAAGGGAACAUACAGGUAGCUAAAGAGUUGCGAUUGCUAUAAGGUUUUGAAGAAUUGAGGAGGAAAUCUGCAAGAACAUACAGAAGUAUCAACAGGCAGAAGUAAAUUCCAAACACUGUUAUGAACGCAAGAACAAUCAGAAAAGAGAAAGGAGAGAUCAGAGGGGAUCGAGUUAAUGAAAAAAACAAAUUAAAGAAGCAUUCCAUGAGCGAGAAAGAUUGUUAUAUUUUUAGCUUGAUGUAGGAAUUAAGUAUUUUCAAUCAACAUUCUUUAAAAACAUUUUUAAAUAUUUUAGCUGAUAAUGGUGUGAUAUAGAAGCAGUUGUUGGUCAAUAACUAUUUUUAUACGUGAUAUAUUAAAAAAUGCUGUUGAAGUAUAUUAAUUUUUAAGUGGAUGUAAAGUUGAGGAAUUAUUGAAAACUCACAAGGAUCGAGA